AUGCGAGAAAAGCUCCAGUGUAGAGGUUCGGGGUUCGAGGUCCAACGGGAGCUCCGAAGCGGCAAGGUUGCCGUAAACGCAGCGGCAGCGUGGGUGUCGCCGUCGUCUCCGCUGUCCUCUGUUGUUGUGUACGCGUACCAGGAGCACGCUGGUCGUUGCAGGGCACUCCCAGAGCCACCAUGGAGAAAGCAUAGGCACCGGGCUCGGUCGCUGCUCGUUUCAAGCUGGUACAACGAUCACCCAGGAACGGGGCCGCGUGCAGUUCUCACGGGACGCCGGCGGAGCGCUUCGUCGCUGGAUGCGAGCCCCGUUCGACAGCAUGUGCUAUCUGGGGGUUCUCGUGGCAGUCUGCGUACCCUGAAGCGGGUCUCAGGUGCGAGGCGACGCAGAGACGAACGUUGUUGUCAUCAUGAGGCGACCAAGGAGACCGCAGAUCCCCUGGAACUUCCCCACGCCGGUGUUCAUAUGCCGAGCGUAGAUCGUGGAUUCUUCGAGGGCUGGUACGUCCGAAUCGUGCUGCCCACAGAGGCGACUUCGCUGGCGUUCAUGUACAGCUUGGAAGACGGUCGCAGGGGUCGAAUACAGGUUUUGAGCUCUGGAGUGCAGGACGAGCUGCUUGUUUCGCGAGAAAUGAUGGAUGGCUUUUUUCCGGCGCUGCGGCACCUGCCAACGUCGACGUUACGCAUUGGUCAGUGGGGUCGAACGAGUGACCUCCUCAGCGACGAACGAGCAGAGCACGCGCGCUCCCUGGCCCCUAGUCUUUUCCGAGAACACGUGCAUACGGGAUAUCAGCUCUCUGCUCAGUGGCAUCAGGGCUCGAUCCAAGCAGACGAUGUGGAUCGAGAGCGUUCCAUGGUAGCGCACCUGAGCCCAGACAUAAGUUGCGCUUUCGAUAUGCGAAUCGAGCCGCUCUUAUCGUGGGGUUCGGAUGGUGCGCGCUCGACUGGAACCUGGCUCACGCGUUUUCAAGUCUUUGAACCAGGCUGGCAGAUACUCUCUGCUUUCGCUCGAUCCACUGGUAUAUUUCGGGACUGGCAUGGUCGCGUUUUUCGCUUCGAGCGUGCACCCACGUAUAUCGAGAAGAACUGGGGCAGUGCGUUCCCAUCGCGAUGGUUCUGGCUGCAGUGUCACGUCUUUGACGUGCUCCGAGAGGACGCAUCAUCGCUGGAGCUGUCGUCCGCAGACAUCGAUGCACCGUUGACUUUGACCUGUGUGGGAGCGCGUCGAGAGCUCUGCUGGCCCCAGCGACCGAAUAAGGUUGUAGCUCGGGAAACCAUUGGUAUCAUCGCGUUCCACUGGAAGGGAUAUUUGUGGGAGUUCGCUGCUUGGAACUGCCGCCGCAUAUCCUGGAGUGUCCAGUGGGGCAACUGGCAGAUGGAAGCGCACGGCACGCGCUAUAGCGUAAAGGUCUCCGCUGAGACCGCUGAACCAGGGGCGUAUGUACUGGGUCCGACCCGUCACGGCAUGCAGUUUGUGGUAAGAGACGGUGCGCGUGGUACGCUUCGUUUGCAGCUGCGAGACGAGCAGGCAAACGUUGUGAUUUUGGACGCACUCUGUCGCAACGCUGCUGCUGUCGAGCUUGGUGGCGAGCUGGCGUCGGACCCAAAUGGAACGAGUUGGACGGCGGAGCGCGGAGCCUUUCCCCCACCGGUAAAGGCAUUGUUUCUUAUUGGCGAACGACCCGGGCGAGCCGUUCGCGUCUAG